AACAAUAGAGCUAAAGUCAAAAUCAAUUCCCAGGUUACAGCUUCUUCCUGUUCUGAGAUAACAAAAUACGUUAGCAGUGUAAGCGGAAAUUAUCUCAUUGGUCCUGAUGGUAAGGGAGGCCUGGCUCCAUUUUCUGUUUAUUGCGACAUGAAAGAAAAGAAUGGAAUCGGCGUGACAGUCAUCAGUCACGACAGUGAGAGCAGGACGUAUGUGCCUAGACAGAACCGUCUUCGUGAUAUUCACUAUAUAGGAGCGAGUCUGUCUCAGUUGGCCAGUCUCACCAGUUUCUCCUCACACUGUGAGCAGUUUAUUAAGUACGAGUGUUAUGACUCGGGUUUAUACCUUCGCAAUCCAACUUCAUGGUGGGUGUCACGUGAUUCUGCUAAGAUGACCUACUGGGGGGGAGCAUGGCCUGGUAGUGGCAAGUGCGCAUGCGGGAUGUCCAACUCAUGCGCAGACUCCAGGUUUGGCUGUAACUGUGAUAAGGAUGACUAUGUAUGGCGUGAAGACAGCGGUUUGCUCACUGACAACACAACUCUUCCAGUAAUACAGCUCUAUAUUGGUGAUGUCGGUGGGCCCAAAGAAAAAGGCUACUACACUCUGGGAAAAUUGAAGUGCUAUGGCAUAGCAUGA